AUGGUGCUAGAUCUACUCAAGGAUGCAUUUAAAUUUGCAAAGAUCCCUUUAUCUUUUUAUGAGGCUAAGAAAACCAUUAACAAGUUGUGUCUUGAUUAUAUCAAGAUAGAUGUUUGCCCAAAUAAUUGCACGUUGUACUGGGAAGAUGAUAUUAAUGCAGAAUCAUAUAAGCAUUGUAACACUUCUAGAUGGAAGCUCAAGAAGGAUAGCGAUAUUGAUCAUGCUCCUAGUACAAGUAAGAAACAAAAAAAGAAGCAAAAAAAGCUUGCCAAAGUUUUGCACUAUUUUUCAUUAAAACCAAGAUUACAAAGAUUGUUUAUGUUCCUAAAAAUUGUAGAUCAUAUGAGAUGGCAUGCAGAGGAUGAUAACAAAGAUGGGAUCUUAAGGCACCCUCGAGAUGGUAAAGCAUGGAAAAGGCUUGAUACAAAUUAUCCUGAAUUUGCUUCUGAUCCUCGAAAUGUUCGAUUAGGACUAGCUACUAAUGGUUUCGAUCCUUUUGGAACAAUGAGUACUAACUAUAGCAUUUGGCCAGUGAUUUUGUUUCCAUACAAUCUUCCUCCUUGGUUAUGUAUGAAACAAUCAAAUUUUAUCCUCUCAAUGAUCAUUCCAGGUCCACGUACAGUAGGGAAUAACAUAGAUGUAUACCUACAACUACUUAUUAAGGAGUUGAAUGAGUUGUGGAGUGAAAGUGUAGAUACUUUUAAUUCAUCAAAGAAUGAAGUGUUCAAAAUGCGAGCAACUCUUUUGUGGACAGUUAGCGAUUUUCCUGGACUUGAUAUCUUAUCUGGUUGGAACACCCAUACCGGUCUUGCAUGUCCUUCUUGUAAUUUUGAUGCAGAACUUUAUCGACUUCGUUAUAGUAGAAAAGGGACCCCUCCAAAGAAGUUCUCUGGGUCAGAAAUUUUUCAGCAGGUGAAAGAUAUCAAUGUCAUAUUUGGCAGACAAUCAGAGUUGCAGAAAAGAAAAAGGAAAAACAAUGUUGGGGAAGAUACAACUCAACAAUGGAAGAAGAAAAACAUAUUCUUUGAUCUUCCAUAUUGGCAGCUUUGUUUGAAAAGAUUAAGUCUUGCAGACUUAGACAAGCUACAAAAUCAAAUUGAGGAAAAUCUUUGCCAUUUAGAGAUUUUGUUUCCUCCUUCAUUUUUUACUGUAAUGAUUCAUCUAACUGUUCAUCUAGUUGAUGAGGUAAAAAAAAGUGGCCGCUUGUUGGGAUAUUUCAAGUCCUUUAUAGGGAACAAAUCGCAACCAGAAGGUUCCAUAGCUGAAACUUACAUAGUUGAAGAAUCUCUUACUAUUUAUUCUUGUUAUUUUGAAGAAAUUGAGUCAAGAUUAAAUCGACCUAAAUGUGUAAAUGAUGAACCAAGUCAAAAUGAGGCUUAUGAAAAGUCAAGUAUGUUCCCUCAACAAGGUAAGCAUGUUGGAGGCUUCAUAACAGAACCACUGACUCAUUUGGAGAAAACACAAGCUCAUCGAUAUGUGUUACUCAAUUGUGCGGCCGUGAAGCCAUUUAUUGAGUAA